GUCCGCUGUUGAAUGGUCUGAGGUGUGUGGAUUGUGGCAACACGUACCACGAGAAAUGCGCCGAAUCGGUUCCUAAAAACUGUACCAAAUACAAGGCGGUCGAGGGAGGCAACCAGCCCACGCUGGCAAGGACACAGGGUGAUAACAAUAGCGUAUCGUCGAGCGUGAACACGCCCAAUCCCAACAGUCAGCACUACUACGAGCAGUACGAUAGCAAGGUGGCCGAUGAUCGGACUCAUGAAGGGUAUUUGUACAAACGUGGGGCCAUCCUGAAGAACUGGAAGCAGCGUUGGUUCGUGCUGGAUUCGCACAAGCAUCAGCUACGGUACUAUGACACGAUGGAUGAUUGCAGCUGUAAAGGAUAUAUAGAACUAGCUGAGGUGCAAUCGGUCGCUGCGGCCCCACCACAAACUGCACCGGCACCCUCGAAGAAGGUUGAUGAUCGUGCAUUUUUCGAUCUCAAAACUAGCCGCCGUACGUACAACUUUUACGCCCAGGAAGCAUCCAGUGCACAGGAGUGGAUCGAAAAGAUUCAAGCUUGCCUGCAGUAGAUGGAUGCACUCGUGUGCCACCUACCUCAUGAUCAGCAACGCUUGCUGUGCAGCACAGCCAUGAACGUUGACCUAUGAAGCAGCUCAGACGGAGACAACCAGACGGCACUGACAGUCACCGCCGGUCUCUUCUGAAUGCUGUAGCUUUUAAUCUCAAAACCAAAUCGUUAAUCCGCAUUCCUUCUGUUCGGCACAUCGGCCGUUUCAUUUCGUUGGUUCGGUGCCGCCUUCAUUCGCCAUCAGUUUUCCUUUUGUUUUGUCUUAUUUAUUGUUUUGUUUUUGUGUUAAUCGUUGUGUCUCCCGGUCCUCGAUACGGGACACGUGCGGAAAGGCAGGGCAUAGAACGAGGGUAGUAGAAAGAUGGUACCGAUGGUACCGAUGGUACCGAGUUGUGCGUGUUUGUGUCACUCUUGAUAAGAAGAGGAUAUUGCAAUGGUGACUCUGGCGAUGGGACCCUGUAAUCGUGGUCGUCCGUGUGCUCAAUGCUCAAUCAACUUUCUCGUUUUUGUGGUGUAGCGGCUGUGGCGUCGUGGAUGCUGGCCAACGAAAUGCGGGUACUGUAUCUCACACAAUGAAAGAUUAGCAAUGGCUGCUCAUUGGUUCAGCCAAGGUGCGUUUGUCUGUAUUAGGUGCCCCGGCGGUAGAAGGAUUCAUUCAAGGAAGGGGAAGGAUUAAAACGGUGAUCCUGUGUGCUGCGGUGACCCGAAGGAUACACCCGGUAGUUGUCAAUGUGAUAUGUGAUGUAAUGUUAAUAUAAUCACCAUAAAAAGGGGGUCCGAAGUAAAAGGAAAUAUUGAUAAAUAUUAACGUAGGCGUCAGCGUAAAAUAGCAAAACAAAAAGCAAAAUGCGUUAUAGUCGUUAGCGCUUAAGGAAUGGAACGGGCAGACAACGUAGGAUCGAGACUGAAACACGGAACACAUAUACACGCAACACGAGAGGAAAGAAUUGGUAUCAAUAAGGGUUACUCGUAUUACGGUCAAAGAACGGAAGACAGCAGAGCAUAUCUGCAGAGAGAUGCAAACGCGAAAACGACGCUCCGUGCAGUGCCAUCUUUAGUGUGUGGUGUCUUGGGCCUUGCUUCCGUAGAUCCUUAGUAGGCCACGACACAUGCAAAGCACUUCUGCCUGAUUAGCUUGGUUUCCAAAGUAACGAACACACUACAACUACUACUCACUAUACUGCCAGUGAUCGGUGAAAAGUCACCCCGCGGUAGGGGUCUUUAGCCAUCACCUUCCUAACCAACCUUACGUGGUAUGAUGCGUGUGUGAAAGCUGUUUCCCUUCGAUUUCGUUCGUUCUACGCGGAUUGCGUUUACUCGCUUUGGCAGGCCGAUCGUACAAAUGUAUGCAGCUUUUGUUUCCUGCUAAUAUCUGCCACACUAGAGGGUGGGAUCAAAGAAUGCCGAGCGUGGUGAUUGGUGAAUGGCGGAUCCUAAUUAGUCACUAAACAAUCGUGAGUUAUUAGAAGUGCUGUGGCUCGAAAACUGUUUUAAUAUGGGUUCUGUCACUCCCUUCGAGCUUAAUCGAAACUUGUUCAUAUCAGUUGAUAGUCUAAAUUUUAGGUCGAUCUGAGCACACACAUAAACACAUACACAUCUAAUCGCAUCGGUAACAUUCCCACCAACAUAACAACACAGCCACGGAUCAGUAAAUGAAUGUACUAUUGGCGCACAGUUUAUGGAAGCUUUGUCCAAUCGAUCACCUGAUCGAUUUCAAUCUCAAUUGGCAUUUUGCACAAACGCUGCAGCUGAAAUGCACAAAACACUGCGUGCACUGCGACGAUAAAAUUGACGUGCAAACCAGCGGAUCGAUGCAAUAGAUGACAAAAGAUAUUAUUAUUUGUUAGUGUAUUAACCAAUUCUCCGCUGCUGUUGUUUGUAGGGUGAACUGCUACGGUUAUAACCGGUACCCUUGGCCGCCGCUUUGUACAAAAAAAAAACUCCAAUUAUGAUGCUAGUGAAUGUAGUCGACGCGAGGCACGACCUCGCUAGCCGCUAGUAGCUAUCACACGCGUGCGAGCUACGUGUAAGUUUAUCGAUCCUAGAAUACUACGUCUCGAAAGAAUGAGUUAAAUCAUUAAAUGUAUGUUGUAUAGAACUGAA